UAGCCUGUGCACUCUGUGGCAAACUCUAUGGCCUCCCAAAGAGUUCCGUUUCCGGUGUGGCCGGACGUUGGUUUCCCGGCCUGUGACGACGAGGCCUGUGCCAGAAGCGAAGGGAAGGCGAGGGAACCAUGGUGCUGCUGGAGAGCGAGCAGUUUUUGACAGAGCUAACAAGGCUUUUUCAGAAGUGCAGAACCACAGGCAGUGUCUAUAUAACACUCAAGAAAUAUGACGGUCGAACAAGACCCAUCCCACGAAAGGGCCAUAUUGAGGGUUUCGAGCCUGUAGACAAUAAAUGUCUUCUCAGAGCAACAGACGGGAAGAAAAAGAUAAGCACAGUGGUGAGUUCAAAGGAAGUUAACAAAUUUCAGAUGGCUUAUUCAAAUUUACUGAGAGCUAAUAUGGAUGGUUUAAAGAAGAAAGAUAAGAAGAGCAAAAGUAAGAAGAGCAAAGCUACCUAAGGACAGAACACCAGAUUUCUUCCUACCGGGGACCCAAAUUAUAGCCCACAGCACUGUACUUUUCUUCAUGUCACCACUUAUAAUUUGAGUUCAUUUCCAGCCAAGAACUGGAAUGUAGGCAUCUUGUUAAACGGAAAAUGCUUUAUUGAUUGUGGUUGCAGAAUAUAUAUAUUACAGUUCCUGAAUAUUUUUUGUUAGUUCAUUUGGUUUUAUUUUGAUUAAGAAUAUGUUUUUGGGGAAGCCUAUUGUUUGGAAACUAAUACAAAAAUAAAGAAUUUUUGAAAUGUC